AUGCCGCUGACUAAGAAACAAAUAUUAGCGUCAUCUGCGUUUGUUAUUCCGGCUAGCCUUGUUUUAGGCGUAUACCUCCGCGAACGGCAGCAGGAUGUACAUCCAGAUAUAGCGCAAACCACACAGAGAGAACCCAUACAAAACACUCAAGAUCUUCACAACCACAUGCAAUCCAAGCAAUUCCAGCAAUCCUACCAUUCCCAACUGAAAUCACUCAAACAAGAGCAUUUCUUCCUCGACAAUCAACUCAACAGGCUUGAAGAGAAAAUAAAGAAUACUGAACAACGUAUGCAUGUGUAG